ACACGGUGUAGGCUUCUUCGUUUAUUUAAACUUUGGAUAACCGGACGGAGUUAAUGUACGUACAGUAGCCUACAGGACGAUGCACGCUUCGGAGUUUCGCACUGUCAUGUUACUCGAACUUUUAGGAUUUUUUAUUGCGUCUUGGAGUGGCAAGUUCCCCUGCGAAACCGCCCCUCCUACUUAGUGUCUGUCUACUGUAUGAUAGCAAACAUGUACAAAUUGACACGAGGCAACCAAACACCUUUACUCACUUGAGGAUCUUCCACACAGUAAAAUGACCACCGGUGUGGAGCGAUUAUUUGACGAAUAUGGACAUUUUAAAAGGUUUCAGGCAUGUGUCUACUUUGCUGCAAUUUUCCAGGCCAUCUCCUGUGGAAUACAUUACCUGGCCUCUGUUUUCUUAGUUGAGACGCCUAAAUUUCUUUGUGACGCUCCUGCAAAUAUUACAGAUGUCCUGUACAGAAAUCACUCCUCAACAUCAUUGGCCGGCAUCUGGACUCACUACAAGCCAGGUUAUGGGCCGGUGGUUGUAAGGACAGCUGUGGGAGACCAUUGGGAACUCAGUCCUUGUCUUAAAGCACUCCGGCUUGAUGCCGUCAAUUUUCAAUACGAGUUCUUCGGGAACAAGACUGUGGCAUCUUGUUCUCGCUUUGUCUAUGAUCACAGCGAGGUCCAGCAGAGCAUCGUAACAGACUGGGACCUGGUGUGCGAAAAAGAAUGGCUGGCCAAGCUUACACAGCCAACAUUUAUGUUGGGAGUUUUGAUUGGAGCACUGAUAUUUGGGGACAUCGCUGAUAGAAUUGGGAGGCGGCCUAUUCUGAUAGCCACCAGCUUAUGUCAGUUUACAUUUGGCAUCAUUGUCGCAUUUACAGGAAACUACUACCUUUUCGUGGUGAUGCGUUUUCUACUAGCCAUGGUAUCCAGCGGGUAUCUGGUGGUAGUCUUUGUUUAUGUGACAGAGUUCACAGGAAUUAAGGUGCGCACAUGGACCUCGAUGCAUGUGCAUGCAGCCUUUGCUGUGGGAAUCAUGGUAGUGGCUCUAGUGGGGUACCUUGUUCGUGUCUGGUGGAUCUACCAGAUCAUCCUCACCCUCACGACCUCGCCAUUCUUGCUCUAUUGCUGGAAGUUUCCUGAAACCCCUUUCUACCUAAUGGCUAAAGGCCAGUACAAGGAGACCCAGGAACUGUUAGACAAGAUGGCUUCCUUUAAUGGCCUGCAACCUACGCUUAAGGUGUCAGAGCUCAUAGAGGAAUGUGAUGGAGUGCUCUUGGCAGAUAAGCAAGCAGAUGAGACAGCAGUGGAAGUAGAGAAAAAGCUAAGCAUCCUGGACAUGUUUGGAAGCUUAAAAAUGGCCGGUCGCAGCGCCACCUGCUGGGCUAUUUGGUUCAUCGGAAGCUUGGGAUACUACGUCUUUAGCCUGGGAUCUGUCAACUUGGGAGGCAACCAGUAUAUCAACCUCUUCGUUGCUGGUGCUGUUGAAAUCCCAUCUUACCUAAUUGGGUGCUUUUUAAUGGAUCGUGUGGGUAGGAAGAAGACAUGCGCCCCAGCUCUGGUGCUCAGUGGAGUCGCCUGCAUGCUCAUUAUUAUCGUGCCCCAGGAUAUAGAGGUCUUGGCUAUAGUAUUAAGUAUGACGGGGAAAUUUGCUAUUGCCAUUGCAUUUGGUCUGGUUUACUUAUAUACCUGUGAGCUUUAUCCUACAAUCAUCAGGUCUCUGGCAGUAGGCAGUGGUAGCAUGAUGUGCCGGGUAGGAAGUGUUGUGGCUCCUUUCUGCGUUUACCUCUCUGACAUCUGGAUCUACAUGCCCCAGCUCAUUGUGGGAAUUCUGGCAUUCAUUGUCGGGAUUCUGACUAUGUUUCUUCCAGAGACUUUAGGACAACCCCUCACCUCCACUUUGGAAGAGGCUGAGGCUCUGGGGUCCAAGCCCAGAAAAGAGAAUGAAAUAGCGGAUGGGGUAGAGAUGAAUCAAACAAUCAAAGCUUGAAUCAGUGUUGUGUUUUAUGAAGAGACUAGAGAGAUUACAUUCUCUUUGAUAAUGCAUUGUUUUCAGAAAAUGUUUCUGGGUUAACACUUGAUGUUUUAUACAAAGAUUUCUGAAGGUUCCUUUGAAAAGUGUAACUGUUAAACGUCUUUUGUUUAUACUCGAAUCGAAUGUAUUAUUAAUCAAAUACACUUCAAUAUAGGGUUAACAAAACUAUAAACAUUAGUUUAUUUAGAUACUAAUGUUUUAAGUAGGGGUGUAACGGUACGCAAAAAUCACGGUUCAGUGCAUACCUAAGUUUUGAUGCCACGGUUCGGUUCAUUUUCGGUACAGUAUAGAGAAAAACUGCAAACAUUAAACUGCAAUUUGUUUAUUACUAUAAACUUUUAGACUUUAUUUAAACACUUUUUAUUAAAAUAUGAUAAAUAAAAUAUAUAUAAAAUAAAAAAAUUAUAAAUAAAAUACUGCUGCAAAGUUCUCCACUAAAUAAUACAUUAUUUUAUAACAGUAGGAAAAAAUGUUCUUAACCUUCUCUUAAACUUUUUCUAUUAAAACCUUGCACUAAACUAACAAAUUCAAUUCCUGAAUACAUUUAUGAACUAUUUUUGCCACCAAAUUUUUUUAAGUCACAGUAUUGAAUUGGUUAUGUACCAUCUCUGUAUAUAAAUAAUAUUACUGCUCUAUGUGCAACUGCAUAGCAAGCAACAUGAUGAUAUACUCAUUAUACACUCAUAUUGAGAUUAGUGAGUUACAUACAUAGCCAUCUUUUAUCUUUUGCACGUUUUUCCUAAUCUUUGCUUGUGUCGCCAAUGUAAGCUGUGACUUAAACUAACGAACCCCUCCGCAGCUGAGUAAUAGCUGAGUAAGCCCGGGUUACAGCUCUUCUCUGUCCCGACCAGAUUAACUGAUCCCAUUGUGACAAGGAUAUGAUUGACGUGAGGUGCAGAUGAAAAAUCUGAUCACGCAUUCCUUAUUCUCGCUGUCACAGAAAGUGCGGCUCAUGAUUGCGUAGCAACAAAAGACACGCAACCUCCCACACACUUUUGAAAGAACAAAACAGCGCGUUUAACGCGAGCUUUUAGACGCGACACGUAAGCGGCCCCAUAAACGUUUACAUCAAUAAUCAAACAAAUAUACAACUAAGUAAAUAAAAAUAUUUCUGCGGGCCGAAUUAUGUUACAUGUUUGACAGAAGACUUGCGCUGAACGCGUAGACUUCCGCCACAUGUGCACCGUGCCAAAAGCCCUGUACCGAAACGAUCCGGUAUGAUACACGUCCUGUACACCCCUAGUUUUAAGGAAAAGACCACAAUUUUUCAAUAUUUUACUAUGUUUUUACCUCACUUUAGAUGAAUUAAUACUAUCUUUUUUCAAUGUAUGAACUUUUAAUCUUUGUACAGCACCUUGUGAAUGUGUUAGCAUUUAGCCUAGCCCCAUUCAUUCAUAUGGCUCCAAACAGGGAUGAAUUUAGAAGCCACCAAACACUUCCAUAUUUAAAGACUGUUACAUGAGUAGUAUAUGGUGUCAAAUACUUUUGUUUGGAGCCAUAGGAAUGAAUGGGGCUAGGCUAAAUGCCAACACAUUCACAAAGCGCUGUACAAAGAUUAAAAGUGCAUGCAUUGAAAAAAGAUAGGUUAAUUAAUCUAAGUUGAGGUAAGAACACAGUAAAAUAUUGAAAAACUGUGGUGUUUUCCUUUACGUUUUUUAAGUGCUUUACAAAGUAGUGUAAGAGCAGUUAUCAUCUUGAUCUUAAAAUCAGCUGAUUUAAGCUAUACGUUUUAAAAAUAAAUUCAUUUAAUUAUUUACCUAAAUAUCCGAGUACACUACUAUAUAUGGUUUCAUCAGAUGCAUGUGCAUUGCCGCUGUUAUGUGCCUGGCCCAAAGUUUACUUCCGGUCUGUGCUUGUUUCAGUCUGGCUAGAGACUACAAUGACCUCAGAAACAAAUUCCUUGUGGAAAAUAAAACAUGUUUCGCUUUCCAAAAGGUGAGGGGAGACAGUGAGCAUGGUUCUCCGCUGUGCGGAUUUGGCAGCCAGGCAAGAACUUAAAAAUCUGUUGCUAACAUUAUAUUCAUUAAUUUUAGACAGUAAUGUUAGCUCAGCGUAAUGGUUGAUACAAUUUAGUUAUGAUUUUGAACUAAGUAUAAUUUACUGGUUAUUUAUUCAGCUUGUUCUUAAUUCUUUGCGGAAAGCUCUACGGAAAAACUACGGAAAGUUAAGUUUGGGCGACAAAAGCCAUUUGUUUAUGUUGUUGCCACUAAACCUCUAUAUUUGUAUUAUACAAGUUAAUUGACUGUUUUGCUAUAGACUAAAGAAAUGUGUUUAUCAUGUAUUAUCAGUAAACUAUGUGAUAAGUUUCUUUGCAUAAUUUGCUAAUAACAAAUCUUAUCUGUGUGCAGCUGUUUUUUUUUUUACAAAAUUGCAUCUCAGGGUUUAGAACAAGAAAAGUGUUCAUUGUAGAGCAGGGGUAGGCAACGUCAGUUCUGGAGUGCCGAUGUCCUGCAGAGUUUACCUCGAAUCAAGCCCACCUGAACAAACUAGGGACCGACCUUGCCUACCCCUAUUGUAGAGUAAACUGUGACUGUACUAUAUAAACCUUAAAAACAUAUAGUUUCUAUAUUUUAAUUAAAGUUGUUUUUAUCUUCA